AUGUUCAUGAAACAGAUGGACAACGAAUUUGUCAGAGACUCGGAAGGAAGUUGGGUAGCACCGUUACCGUUCCGAGUGCCAAGACAGCCAUUGCCAAGCAACAGACCACAGGCUCUUCACCGUGCUAACAUGUUAGACGCCAGUCUGAAUAGAAACCCAGUAAAGCGGGAACAUUUUCUUACAUGUAUGAGUAAAAUCUUAGAUAAUAAUCAUGCAGAACUCGCUCCACCAUUGAACGAACAUGAGGAGUGCUGGUAUUUGCCAUUGUUUGGUGUUUAUCAUCCGAAGAAACCCGAUCAGAUAAGAGGUGUGUUUGAUUCUUCUGCCAAAUGUAACGGAGUUUCACUUAACAGCGUCCUGCUUACAGGUCCAGACUUGACCAAUGAUCUCUUGGGAGUAUUGCUGCGUUUUAGGAAAGAAAUGGUCGCAGUAACUGCAGAUGUUCAACAUAUGUUUCACUGCUUUGUUGUCAGAAAAGACCACCGAAAUUAUCUGAGAUUUUUAUGGCAUAAAGACAACGACCUACAGAAGAACCUUGUCGAAUACCGCAUGAGAGUUCAUGUUUUCGGGAAUAGUCCGUCACCUGCUGUUGCUACGCUUGGACUCAGAAAAGCAGCUCAAGCAUCAAAACAAGAGUUUGGCAGUCACGUGAUUAGCUUUGUUACAAGAGACUUCUAUGUCGACGACGGUCUUUCGUCGUGUCCUACUAAAGAAGAAGCUGUUAAGCUCAUGAAGGACACACAGCAAGGUUUAGCAAGAUAUGGAAACUUACGCCUUCACAAGUUUGCCUCUAAUUGUGCAGAAGUUAUGUCUGCAUUUCAUGCCAAAAACAAACCGAUCACUCGGAGAGGAAUUUUAUCAACGAUAAACAGUCUCUACGAUCCUCUGGGAUUUUUGGCUCCGGUGAUUAUACAAGGAAAACUCCUAUUAAGGAAAAUAGUAUCAGAAACCGUCGAUUGGGACCAACCUCUCAUUGAUGAGACAGCAGAUGAGUGGAAAUCUUGGAGAGAUACUCUAAUAGCUAUCGAAACACUGCGCAUUCCACGUACCUACGUGCCGUAUCUCAGUAAAACCGCCACAAAGGAGCUACAUGUAUUCUCUGAUGCGUCAGAAAAAGCCAUAGCAGCUGUUGCAUAUCUACACACGACCGACAGUAGUGGUGAACCAAACAUAGGUUUCAUUCUUGGCAAAGCUAAAGUUGCACCAACAAGUGGUCAUACUAUUCCACGUCUUGAACUAUCUGCUGCAGUAUUAGCAGUCGAGAUUACACAGACCAUCAUGGAUAAUUUAGAUUUACAUAUAGACACCGUAAAAUUCUACACAGACAGUAAAGUAGUCCUAGGCUACAUAAGUAACGAGACAAGAAGGUUCUUCAUCUAUGUCGCCAAUCGAGUAGAGAAAAUAAGAAAAUUUAGCUCUCCAAGUCAAUGGAAUUAUGUACCAACUCACCGUAAUCCCGCAGACUCGGGAACAAGGUCCGUACCAGCCCAUUAA